AAUUAUUCUUGUAACUAUUCUUAAGGUUUGCAUAUGCUCACAUUAAGCAUAUUUCACAUGCCCUUAUUUUUCCACGCCGUAUCCCAUCUCCGGACAUCAACGCAUUAUUUGGUCGGAGUGCCUGGCAAAGAAUGAACGACGGUAUUGAUACCAACAUUACUGACGGCACUGGAGGAGAUGGUGGCUAUGAAGGAGAUGAUUUCACUUGGGUUGAUCCAUAUGCGAGCGAAUGGGACAAGUUGACGACUGUCUCCACGACAUUAGCGACGUUUUCAAUCGCAAUGUCCCUUGCAACCCUUCUAGUCUUUACUCUAAUGCGCUACUACCUCCCAACCCUGUCAAAUCGCGUGUCGCUUCGUUUGGUGUCAUUUAUCGCGAUCGCAGAUAUAGUAUAUGAAUGUGCAUGGAUGGGCUUGAAUUAUGUCACAUACGCCGACACUCCUGAGUGUACCACGGUGAUGUACUUUAUCGUUGCCGGCAAUUUAGCAUCGGUCUUUAUGUCUGCGGCGAUAGCACUGAAUAUAUUCUUGGUGUUUGUUAUCAAAUUCGGCGUAACUCCUAUUUACGAAAGAAUGUAUUACAUUGCAUCAGCGUCCGUCGCCAUCUUGCUACCGAUCAUUGCCGUAGCUACAAAAAGAUUAGGUUACAACGGUGAUGAGUGCUGGUUUAGGGGACCGCCCGAUGAUUUAUUGAACGGGAUUGGUCCUCAAUGGGGGUUCUUGUACGGCUGGAUUACCUUAGUUUGUAUCCUAUGCUCCAUCGCUACUUUUCUCUUUUGGUACGUGCUGUACCAGAAUCAAAAGCAGUUGCGCGACAUACCCAACCGCGUCGGAUCCACAGCCGCCAGUGCUAAAAAAAACAAUAAAGCACGCAAGAAGGAACAGCUCGUGAACAAAGCUGUUUCCCGUAUCAGUUGGUACUGCGUUGUACCCUUGCUUGCCCAAUCGUGGAACAUCAUUUUGGAUGUUUAUUUGCAUCUCGGGGGGAGCUAUGAGACAUUUACUUCGGUCUGGAUUACUUACUUGGCAUGCAUUUUUGCCGCAUUGCAGGGCACAAUGAACUCUACCAUUUUUCUUCUUUUGGACCCGACCGUUGGGCACGCCCGGGAGGCCCUUCGCAAGCACUUGGUGCAAGCUCACUAUCUAAAAUACAUGUGUCUGGAAACGCAGUCGACGACUGCCAUGACAAGUCCGACAAGUCCGACCAGUCCUGGUACAUCGCAUAGGAUGUCCAUGCAGCAUGUUCACCCGACCAUAGUGGAUCCAGAGACCGCAUCACAAAUUCCCGUUCCAGAAGGCCUCUUCCAAAACGCAAUGUUCUGGUUUACGAAGCAACUUCUUCUUCGCUCUGAGGAUUUGGAAGCGAAGACACCUCUCCGUAGUGAUACAGCCAAGGCCGCUGCACGUGGAAGCGUACACUCACCGACUUCCAGCGAGAUACCAGCAUCAACAACGGGCGUUAGCAAUACUGAGGGUAAAGUCAGGGCUGUUGCAUUGCUCUGAUAUUUCACCGGCGAGUUCUUUUGUCUUGUAACACUUGAAUAGAAUGCUCUGAUGCGUACCACAACCACCGUCCCCCUAUAAUAUAUCAACCGGAAUUGAGGCA